AUGGCAGACGAAAUAUCGCCUUUGAAUUGGACCAAACAGCAACGAGCCAACAAAGGCAUGGAACAAGUGGGUGUUGGAAAGGAAUUGAAUGUCUCCGACAUCAAGAACCAUGUGGAGCGCAAGCCUGAGACGGGUCUCCUCAAGCACUUUGAUCGCUUCAAGUUGUGCAGCAGCAAACUAUCUAGUACUCCAUGGAGUGGAUCGAUGUUGAACAGUCUAUUUCCAGUUGAGAGCACCUUGAGCCUGUUGACUGUGCUUGCCUCAUCAUAUUGA